GUAAUUUAAAUACUCUAUGGUUGAUAAUGUUGGUAUUUCGGCGAUUGUGUUUUGUGUCCAUGCAGUUUAUAGCAAAGAGUAAAAUAACUUGCCUAAUUGUUCUAUGUGUAUGGCAUUUUUAAAUUGCCAUUAAUAUUCGUUGAAAAUGACUGACAUAAACAGUAUAUUUGAUUGUUUUGAAGAAUCAGUCCAAAACGAAGCUGCGACUCAAUUGCCAAAUAUAGACCCCAAUGAAAAAACAAUACCUGAUGAAAAUUUGUCUUCCAGCAAGAAACGACCGCAUGAAGAGGUUCAAUAUGCAGACACAAAAAAACCAAAACAGGAAGAAGAAGACGAAGAAGAUUUAAUGAGUGAUAUAAAUGUUGAAAUGUUAAGUUCAAGAAUAGUAAUACACACACUAGAGACACAUGAAGGUUGUACUCAUGAAGUAGCUAUACCUCCAAAUCAUGAGUAUGCACCAUUAAUACAAACUACGUCCGAACCUGCUAAGCAGUAUAGUUUUAUACUUGACCCUUUUCAAAAAGAAGCCAUUUUAUGUAUUGACAACCUACAAUCUGUGCUGGUCUCUGCUCAUACAUCUGCUGGAAAAACUGUUGUUGCAGAGUAUGCAAUUGCAUUAUCUCUAAAAAAUAAGCAGAGGGUGAUAUACACCACCCCGAUCAAGGCCCUCUCUAAUCAGAAAUACAGAGAGUUUUCAGAAGAAUUCCACGACGUGGGUUUGAUUACUGGAGAUGUCACUAUUAAUCCAUCUGCAUCAUGUCUCAUAAUGACAACGGAGAUUUUAAGAAAUAUGUUGUAUAGAGGAUCAGAAAUUAUGCGAGAAGUUGGUUGGGUCGUAUUUGAUGAGAUACAUUAUAUGAGAGAUAAAGAGAGAGGUGUUGUGUGGGAAGAGACUCUGAUUUUAUUGCCAGAUAAUGUCCACUACGUGUUUUUGUCGGCUACAAUUCCAAAUGCGCGCCAAUUCGCCGAAUGGGUGUGUCGCUUACAUUCCCAGCCUUGUCAUGUAGUGUACACCGAGUACAGACCAACACCUCUCCAACAUUAUAUAUUCCCUGCGGGAGGAGACGGCAUUCAUCUUGUUGUAGAUGAGAAAGGUUUAUUCAAAGAAGAUAAUUUCAACACAGCAAUGGCAGUACUAAGUAAUGCCGGGGACGCAGGCAAGGGUGACCAGCGCGGACGCAAGGGUGGCCCACGGGGAGGGAAUAGUAACACAAACAUUUUUAAUAUAGUCAAGAUGAUAAUGGAAAGAAAUUUUGCUCCAGUGAUCAUAUUCAGUUUUAGUAAAAAGGACUGUGAAUUGUACGCUAUGCAGAUGGCCAAAUUGGACUUUAAUACAAUUGAAGAAAAGAAGCUUGUAGAUGAAGUAUUCAAUAAUGCAAUGGAUGUGUUGUCCGAAGAAGACCGGAAACUGCCUCAAGUGGAAAAUGUGAUACCAUUAUUGAGGCGUGGCAUUGGCAUUCACCAUGGAGGAUUGUUACCAAUAUUGAAAGAAACUAUUGAAAUAUUAUUCGGUUUAGGACUUAUAAAGGCAUUAUUUGCAACAGAAACUUUUGCCAUGGGAUUGAACAUGCCUGCUAGAACAGUGGUCUUUACAAAUUGCCAGAAGUUUGAUGGAAAGGAUUUCCGAUUUAUAACGUCUGGAGAGUACAUCCAGAUGUCUGGGCGCGCGGGUCGUCGUGGUCUGGACGACAAGGGUAUCGUAAUAUUGAUGAUCGACCAGAAAGUAACCCCCAGCGUCGUUAAAUCUAUGGUGCAGGGGAAAGCUGAUCCUAUCAAUUCGGCUUUCCAUCUAACCUAUAAUAUGGUUUUGAACCUACUGCGUGUGGAGGAAAUCAAUCCAGAAUACAUGUUGGAGAGGAGCUUUUUUCAGUUUCAAAAUCAAGCAGCAAUUCCGGAAUUAAUUGACAAGCUAAAGGAGAAGCAGCGCCAGCUGGCGCGCCUGGAGGUCCCGCAGGAGGCGGCGGUGGCGGCCUACUGCGGCACGCGCGCGCAGCUGGCGCAGCUGGCGGCGCAGUUCCGCAGCUUCGUCACGCGCCCCGAAUACCUCAAGCCGUUCCUGCAGCCCGGCCGGCUCGUCAAGGUUAAAACAGAAAAGUACGAAUACGAUUGGGGAAUUAUCGUCAACUUUAAACACAAAACAGGAAAGGGUAAAAAGCCGCAAGAUGAAAACCCAUUAACAGCGGAAACUGUUAUAAUAGUUGAUAUCCUGCUUCACGUGAAAAAGAGUAAUCCUGAUGACCCCGACAUUAACGCGCCUUGCCCGCCGGGAGAGCCCGGUGAUGUCGAAGUAGUGCCCGUCCUACACACUCUCAUAUACCAGAUCAGUUCACUGCGUGUCUAUUAUCCUAAAGACCUUAGACCGCCAGAUAACAGGAAAUCAGUUCUCAAGACUAUAGGUGAAGUAAAGAAACGCUUUCCUGAAGGGCCACCGCUGCUGAAUCCUAUAAAAGAUAUGAAAAUUGAGGAUCCAGUGUUUAAAGAAUGCGUUGAUAGAAUUAAGAUUUUAGAAGAAAGACUAUAUGCCCACCCCUUACACAAGGACAAAAACCGAGGAGCACUCGUAGCGGCGUAUGAAAAUAAACAGGAAAUACACGAGCAAAUGAUGUCCGUUAAGUCAGAAUUAAAGAAAGCGAAAAGUAUAUUGCAAAUGGACGAAUUAAAGAAAAGAAAACGUGUGCUCAGGAGAUUAGGAUACUGUACGUUAUCUGAUGUAAUAGAACUGAAAGGCCGGAUAGCCUGUGAACUAAGCAGCGCGGACGAGCUGCUGCUGACGGAGCUGAUCUUCAACGGCGUGUUCAACUCGCUGAGCGCGGCGCAGAGCGCGGCGCUGGUGAGCUGCUUCGUGUGCGACGAGAACUCCGCGCAGGCCUCCGGCGCCGGCGACGAGCUGCGCGCCGUGCUGCGCCAGCUGCAGGAAUAUGCGCGUCGCAUAGCCAAGGUGUCGAUAGACGCUAAGAUGGACCUGGACGAGGACGAGUACGUGGGCAAGUUCAAGUGCACGCUCAUGGACGUGGUGCUGGCGUGGGCCAACGGGGCAUCCUUCCUGCAGAUAUGCAAGAUGACUGACGUCUUCGAAGGUUCAAUAAUCCGUUGUAUGCGUCGUCUAGAAGAGGUCCUGCGUCAGUUAUGCCAGGCCGCCAAGAACAUCGGCAACACGGACCUCGAGAACAAGUUCAGUGAUGCUAUCAAGAUGUUGAAGCGAGACAUCGUGUUCGCGGCCAGCUUGUAUAUGUGAAUCUACUGCUCUAGAUUUAGUAAAUUUUGUAUUAAGUUCUAA